CGUGCAUAUGUCCAAGCAGACAACUGCAAUGCCCCACACCCAAAUGCCCUUCGGCCCAUUUCAUAUUGCCUGAGAAAUAAUUCUCUUUCGGAAUUGUUUCUCCUUGACUCUUUUGAAUGAUCGACCCCUAUUGAUUACUUCCGGAAUGACCCCUGCGAGUCGUGUCGAAAAAACAUUCAUUUUAGAAAUUUGAUCUGCUCGGAAUUGCACAUCGACCACAAGGUCAUCGGCAUACCCCUUGGUCCCAACCCUCCUUCGUAUUCUACGACUCCUUCGCAAACCCAUUACGUUCUCAUAAUCCGACAUAAUGUCAUCUCCGUCACCCACAAGUUCGGGAGCAGGAAAGCGAAAGCGGACAUCCACCCUGCCAUCUUCAACUGAGAAUAUCGCCGCUAUCGAUCAAUUACAACCCUCAUCGAGAGACGCUUCGGGCGAGGAGGGAGAAUCCACUGCCCCAGAAUCGGGUACGCUAAGUCACAAGAAGGAAACACCUCUCGACGCGGGCAAUCCUCCAGCAAAACGGUUACGACCGGCAACACAAAUCAAGAUCCCCAAUGGAUCUGAAAAUGGUCAAGAUCCCGGCGAGCCUUCAGAUACCACUGAAGCGAGUACAGACAUUGCAAGCCGGGUUGGGCGAAAAGAACGAAACAAGGAGGCGGAUGGCGACAAGACACAAUCGAUGGCUCCACCCCCUAUUGGGAAGUUGACGCAUCCAGUCGGAUACAAAACCAACCCUCCUCCAGUCGGCAGACCUAUCCGAGUGUAUGCUGAUGGAGUUUUUGAUCUGUUCCAUCUUGGUCAUAUGCGGCAAUUGGAGCAAGCCAAGAAAGCUUUCCCAGGCGUCUAUUUGAUGGUUGGUGUAACAGGAGAUAAGGAGACACACAAGCGAAAAGGUCUCACGGUUCUAUCUGGAAAAGAGCGAGCGGAAACUGUCAGACACUGCAAGUGGGUGGAUGAAGUUAUCGAAGAUUGCCCUUGGAUUGUUACGCCCGAAUUCCUGGAGGAGCACAAAAUUGAUUAUGUUGCACAUGAUGAUUUACCAUACGGUGCUGAUGAGGGGGACGAUAUCUACAAACCGAUCAAAGAGGCCGGCAAAUUUUUGGUUACUCAAAGGACUGAAGGUGUUAGCACUACUGGUAUCAUAACAAAGAUCGUUCGAGAUUACGAGAAAUAUAUUACUCGCCAGUUCAAGCGCGGUACCUCUCGCCAAGAGCUCAACGUAUCUUGGCUCAAGAAGAAUGAACUUGACCUCAAGCGCCAUGUAGCAGAGAUGAGAGAUGCUAUUCGUUCGAACUGGACUACUACUGGUCAGGAACUGGGCAAGGAAUUGAGGCACUUCUGGCAAUCCAGUCGACCCGGUAGCCCGGCUCGUAUGUCAAGUUUCGACGACUCGAGCAGUCGAAAUUCUCUCACCAGCCCAUCAGCUCUGUCACAUUUGACCCGCCGAUUAGAAAUUCCAAGAGGAGAUAGUUCUGGCUCAGGUAGCGAUUUUGCUACUGGAUAUAGCUUAGGAUUGAUUGGUGGUGUUCGAUCAUGGAUGAUGAGAAGCCGCCAAACAAAUCGCGAUAGCCAGCAUGAAAGUGAUAGCAGUGAGGAAGAGAGUUACGAUCGACGAUCGCCACCUCGAGGCAGAACCGGUAAAACAGAAAGCGCUACGAAGGCUCAGGAGGAACAAACCGAUGCUCAGAUCAAGGCUAUGAUGGAUGAAAACUCAAAAGAGUCAGGGGCCUAGAACAAUGAGAGGGUUCAUGAGUUCCUUUAUGUCUGACGAGCGUUGGUUCUGUCAAGACUUCGAUUCGCACUAUACCUUCCCCACUUACAUAUGCUUCUAAUGACAAAAAGAUUUCGAGGUGAUUAGAGGCUAAAUAAAAGCUUGUUAAACCUG